AUGAGCUCUGAAGAUGUCCGAGAUGAGAUUGAACCCACACCGCCGCUGACGACCCGGAAGCGCAGGCACUCUGGAUCUCCAAGCAACGAUAAUUAUAAUAGCAGAGCUGCAUUGACGAAAAGGGCAAAGGCUACGAGUGUGUUGAAUAGGAACGAGGAGGGACAAGACGAUACCCCUGAUCUGGUAGCCCCGUCUUUGACGUCUGACAAUCAUAUUCCACGGAAACAGGUUGCAAAAAAGCGACUUCCGACUUGGAAGAGAGUAUACAGGCCUACCACAUCUUCUUCGACGUCCUUGAAGUCUGUCCAACACACACAGCCCAGCCCCUCUCGAGAUCUCGGAGUGUUUCCACGUCCACAGCUUCGUACGUUGUCUCAGGCUAAUCAGACGGCAUCCUCCGUUCCUGGGAUCCCGUCCAUAGGUAUCGCUAAUACUCAAAGCUCUACUGACCAUCCUACCGCACGAAACGCCCGUCGUGCAGCUGGUCUGGAUAAUGCGAAUGUAGAUAUCCUUGCAGUUCCGUCAACACAUCCCUUCCUGACCGCUUCCCGCGGCCGUCCCCAACGGACCACGAUGACGACAACCAGUAGUGCUGAACAAGUUUCCUCCAUUGCCUCGUCCAGGGUGGGUAUACCCUCCAGCCAACCAUCGAGACCGGUUGUUGGUCAUUCGACAUCUUCCCCUAUCGCGUCCACCUCAGAGCAGAUGCUGAAACCACUUGAGCAUCUUCAGAAUAAGAAGCGAUUUCUUCCAUCGACUAGUUCCUCCUCUGAAGAUAUGCCAAACGACAUCUCGUCUUUGCUGAGGAUCUGGGAAGAAGAGCAUGGAUCUCAGCCGUCCCGUCUCGCGAAAUUGGGGAAGGCGGCUGAAGGCGGAAAGGCUGGUCUUUCAGGUGUUUCUCCAGAGAGGGUUAGGAAAAAAAUCAAGCUUUCAAAGGCGGUUGGUCCAGUCUUCAAUAAUACAUCGAAGCCGCAAGGCACGGCGCGGCGGAAGUCACAAAUCUUAAAUCACUCUAUUAAGCUGUUGUCGAGUGGCGAAUCCUCGAAGGGUAGUCGAAGUGGUAAACGCAGAAACCCCGUUGACGUGAUCACUAUUUCGGAUAGUGACGAAGAAUCGCCUCCAAAACGCAUGGCAAAGCCGCCUGCGCUUGUGCUGAGAUAUGACGCGGAUGGCUCAAUACUUAUUGAUGACGAUGACGGCGUCGAUGAGAACGUUAUUCCUUCAUCUGCGGACAUGUUUCUACCACUUCCGGCUUCACAACUUGUUCAAUCCGGUUCUAUUGUUCUCGGGGGACGUGAGUCGCGACCGGAUCAUACCCUGCAAGAUGAGUUUGAAAGUGUUCCUGAUGAUAUUCAAGUUACUACGGACUCGACUCGCCGGGCUAGGAGCCCGGUACAGCAUAUAUCAACCAGCCUUCCCCGGCUCCCCCCCGUUCCUUCCCCACCACCGACCCUGAAAGAUCACAUGCAGGAGCUUGAUAUAGACAAGGAGUAUUCUAUUCCUGAGUCUAGCCGCGUAGCAGAUUGUGAUAUUGAACAUGAGCGUCAGCGCUGCACACCUGAGAUGCCUGAGCUCAGCGGUGACACAGCACAGGCGAAGGCCGAAAUGGUGGAAUUGAUUUCAUCAAUCGGCUCUCAAUUGAAGAUAAAGAGCCCAGAUUCGCUUAUUCCAGAUCCUGUCGUUUCCAGACAUCCUGGAGACGGAGAUCGGAUUACAAAUCACAUUGAUACCCUUGUGUCUCCCUUGUCGCAAGCGACUGAGCUGUCCAAGAAUAGUGACCAGAUAGUGGAUGAUUGUGCGAUGGGAGACCGUUAUGUGGAUACGCAUGAUCAUACUCCAGAUCGGGACCUCAUCGACGAGAGCAGUUCCCUAUGUGGCGCGACUGUGCCUAUAAACCAUUCGCCCACUUCACGUUUCACGAGGACACCUCGACGGCGUGCUACUCUCUACAGUGGUCCUACUGGAUUCUUUGAAGGCCUUUAUAAAAUACCCCUCCAAAGUGUUCCCUCGAAGAGUAACGUUCUUUCUUCAAGCCUGUUAGAUUCGACCAUCGCAUCGUCUUCAUCUCCUGGUGAUGCUGUUGGAAAAGUCCAAUUUAACCACACCUUCCCUCCCCUUACAUCACAAAACUAUUCUAAUAGAAACGGUUCUGCGGUGUCACCUGUCGCGUUUUUUAAAGCCUCGGCCAAAAGUGAAGACGAUGAGGCAAAUGAUCCUAUUGAAGCUGUCAUCGAUUUCCCUCGUCCUUCAUCGACUGUGCCUAUGGAUAUUGACCAUUCUUCUGAAGAGGCGCCAACAUACCUUGCGGGCAACAUCGUUGAUAGGGAGGCUGCAGUAGCAUCGACAUCACCUCCACCUCAGCAGGAUAUCACCGGUGAACAGAAAGAUGAUACCUUCGUAAACGCCGAGUCCAUAGAGAUGUUGGGUGGAAUUUCUAGGUCGCCCAUCCAGGUUAAACAAGAGCUGCAGGUCGAACGCGGAUCCGAUACUACCGGCUCAAUAGUCAGUGUUUUUCGAUCACAGACUCGGACGACCGAUGGUGGUCUCGCCGAUCUCUUGAACUCGGUGUAUAACGACGCCAAGAGAAAUAGAACACCUACCGGCGUUCAUGAACUUAUCGAUCUUACGUUGGAAAGAGAUGUAGACAGGCCAGUUCCGGGUCCUAGUAUUGCCUCUGUGCCUCAUGCAUCGCCAAGUCUCAUAACGGCGCAUCUUAGCACACGAGAAGUGGUUGGCCCAAUGCAGACCCCAGUGAAAGCUCAUGCAAUUACUGAAUCUGCAAGUAAUCUGCAAAAAUCCGCCGAGAAGUCGCCGCUUCCUUAUGUUGACUUUACACGUAUGCCUACAAGUAAGAAGGCACGGAGACUACCUGUUCUAGACGCGACGCCAGUUCAUUCGCGGACAUACAAGACAACCAUUGAUCUUAACAAUAUGCGCAAUCUCAAGUCUGGUCGACAGAGUAUUAGCAUGGAUGUCUUCCGCGAAGACAUUGCGGAAAAGAAUAUUUUGUCGACUCUGGUCGCUGAAAAUCGAUCAUCAUUGGCUGGUAUUACGUUCGCUGAAGAGCUUCUGCCGCCGACCACGAAGUCGGUGGUGUGCCUCAACACUCAGAAGGAUCAGGAAAUCCCAAAAGGUCCAAGAGUAUCUUCUCCGAUUCGUCAACUCCAACGGCAGUCCCCCCUCACCACUGAGCGAGCUCGCGUAGAGUUACCCAUUGAUACCCAGCUCUCUCCAGAUGCGUCCACAUGUCCAUCACAAGAAGAGGAUGAAGAGCAAGAGAUUAUGUCAAUUCUUAAGACAGAUGCCGAGUUGUCUGAUGGACAGACUUACAUGGUGCCCGAAAUCAAAAUCGGGCGACAACUGCGGCCGCGCACUCCACGAGAUUCAACUGCGUCCGCAUGUCCUCAACGAUCUCGACGUUCCACGAGCUCAACAAGUUCCUCCAUUGGUCCUGCCAGCUUAGUGGAUGAGGUGGACCCCAUUUUACCGGAGCCACGCAUUGUUGUCAACCAAGACCGAUCCGGAAACGCUAGUUGGAUGGGUGAGGUUGCUGCUAAGGCCGGCUUCGAGCUAGUCACCUGGGAAAGCCACAUAGCUAUGGCAAGAGAAAUCAAAGACCGGUACCCCAUGGCUCAAGACAUUCCCCACGACUUGCAAGAUAGAAUCAAUGCCCUGACUCCGGCAGCCAGGCGUGCUGGAAACUUGCAGGUGUCGAUUUUUGAAGCAACCAUCGCGGAGAAUACCGCUGACGACGAACCUACUGCACCCGAAAUUCUCAUCAUCAACGACGUCGAUGACGAGCUUACCCCGCCUUUUGAAUUUCACUAUUCAAACAAGAUGUGGCACGGUGAAGGUGUACCUGAACCAGAUACGAAGAAUUUACAAGGAUGUCAAUGUGUGGGGACUUGCGAUCCGACGUCAACAGCAUGUUCGUGUAUCCUUCGCCAACGUGAAUACUGGGAUCAAGGUGGAUUUAUGUACAACGGAAGGCGAAAGUUGCGCAGUCAUGAAUAUCCAAUUCUCGAAUGCAACAAAUUCUGUGGCUGUGGCGACUCGUGCAUCAACCGGGUUGUGCAGCAUGGCAGAAAAAUCGCGAUAGAGAUCCGGAAGACAAGAGACAAAGGAUGGGGUAUCUUUGCUGGAGAUAAGAAAAUCCCCAAGGACUCGUUCAUCGGUAUAUAUGCAGGCGAGUAUCUAACAGAGGCUGAAGCUGAAGAGAGGGGCAGUAUCUACAACAAGUUUGGAAGGACAUACCUCUUUGACCUUGACUUUUGGCAUCUCAGACAGGGUGAUACUGACUGGGAGAACAAGUUCAGCAUUGAUGCCUACCAUGCUGGAAAUUUCACAAGAUACUUGAACCAUAGCUGUGAUCCAAACUGCGACAUUGUACCAUGCUACAUCAAUGAAGCAAAUCUUGACAAGCCUUUGCUCACCAUUUUUUCCCUCCGAGAUAUUGCAGCUGGAGAGGAACUAUGUUUUUCAUAUUUUGGAACAGGAGAUGAUGAAGUAGAUGACCAGGAUGAAGAGUCUCGUAUUUAUAAUGAUGCUGUUUAUGUUCCUUGCCAAUGUGGGGCUGCACAAUGUAGAGGCAACAUGUGGAAGUAA